GAAGUUGAAGUUUUGACCUCUUCUAAAGAAAACAAGGAAGUGUCCGUACAGCACUGUAGUACAGCAGCAGCAGCAGCAGAAUGGCUGUCAACCAUAAGAAGAAGUAGCUGCCCUGUGAUUAUCUUCCACUGAUGGAUCAGCUAACUAGCUCCACUGCAGACAUGGAGGCUGGAGGAGGAGAUGACAGUAUGGACGUGCAGGGGGCAGCGGCAGCACCAGAGCCGAGCUUUUCUGGAUGCCGAUGGACUCCUGCAAAGCCGGUGUGGACUUUACUGGAGGAAGCAGCCCAGCUGAAAACAGAAGGAAAUGCUUUCUACAGAGAGAAGAACAUUCGCUCAGCCAUCGGGCGAUACCACCGAGCUCUGCUGGUCCUCAGAGGCCUCGACUCUGAUGUGAUGAAGCCAGUGAAAGGGUUUGGACCUGAGAGACCUGCUCUCACACCUGAACAGGAGGCUGUACUGAGAAACACACAAGUGGACUGCUACAACAACUUAGCUGCCUGUUUGCUGCAGAGACAGAGUGUUGACUAUUCUCGUGUGCGGGACUACAGCCUGCGGGUGCUGCAGUGGCGACCAGGUGAUGUCAAAGCACUGUACAGGGCAGGAGUAGCUACUCUGGAGAUGGGAGAUGCAGAGACUGCCAAACAGUACCUUGCUGAGGCCUGCAGAGAGCAGCCCAAUGAUGCCAACGUGAGGAAGCACCUGCAGCGAGCUGAGGAGAAACUCAGUCGGGACUUGCAGAAAGAGCGGGCCAUGUACCGAGGCAUGUUUUCCCUCAGCCUGAAGAGCGGCUCCGGAGAAGAGAUUAACCAAACCAACAGAGCCAGUGAGGGAGUCUGAGCUCGUCGGCUCAACGUGCCAAAUGAAGCCUCAAACUGACAGAGACUGUGUUCAAAUCAGCUGAUCACAAACCAACUGAAGAAUGUUCUCACAUCUUGAAUCAUUUUAUUUUGUCUCCUUUGGGUGUUUAGGAGGUGAGCAUAGGAAGUAAGAAUUGUAAUUUAUCCAGAAUACUGGGAAGCGGUCAAUAGGGUACUAAAGAUGUCGCUGCUGAAAAUAGAAACGAGAGGACGGGAAAGUUAGUUUCCUAGCAACAUGGAAGCAAAGCUGUAAUUCAGUUUGGGUAUCUCACAGAAAUGCCUCUUAAAGCUAAAGUGACACUCUCCAUGCACUACUCAAAGUUCUGGUUAUGCCUUCAUGAUUGCAGUUGUCUGGUCUGUGAAUGUUGAGUUCAUGAGUUUUCAAGUAAAAUAUUUUUUUAUAAAU